AUGUCAUCUUUAUAUAAACCCUUUUCUGUGUCAGACGGACCUUGCAAAGAUGCUAUUUUGAAACGAGGAUGCUUGUCGCAACAGCAUCCCACCAUUGCGUUGACCUCGAUUCCGUCGUCUUGUUUUGGUGUUCGGGCUGGCGGGGUUUCAACGAACUGUUACCCACUUGUUCCCAGUGAAACAAGGAGAAAUACUAGAAAUUUAGCCGCGGCAGCAAUAGGAGGGAGAAAGGUCACUCAUCCUGGGAAGGCUAUUCUCGCAGGUGGCAUUGCAGGAGGCAUUGAGAUCUGCAUCACCUUUCCAACGGAAUAUGUGAAAACACAGCUUCAGCUAGAUGAAAGGGCCAACCCUCCUCGAUACAGAGGGAUAGGAGACUGUGUGAAGUUGACUGUGCAGGAUCAUGGGUUGAGGGGACUCUACAGAGGUCUCAGUUCCCUUCUAUAUGGCUCCAUUCCCAAGUCUGCAGUUAGGUUUGGCACAUUUGAAGUUCUUAGCAACCCAAUGCGGGAUGUGAAUGGUCGCCUUGACAACACCCGCAGCUUGCUGUGCGGGCUAGGAGCAGGAAUAGCUGAGGCAGUUCUUGUGGUGUGUCCAAUGGAAACUGUCAAGGUGAAAUUUAUUCAUGACCAGUGUUCACUCCAGCCAAAAUACCGAGGCUUCUUUCAUGGUGUGCGUGAAAUCAUUAGAGAUCAAGGUUUUCGGGGAACAUACCAGGGUCUGACAGCAACAGUGCUGAAGCAGGGAACCAAUCAGGCCAUACGUUUCUACGUCAUGAACUUAUUGCGAAAUUGGUAUAAAGGUGAUGACCCUAGAAAGGACAUGCACCCAUUGGUUACAGCACUGUUUGGGGCGACUGCUGGUGCUGCCAGUGUAUUUGGGAACACUCCACUGGAUGUGGUUAAGACCAGGAUGCAGGGACUGGAAGCACACCGUUACAGGAGUACAAUGGACUGCGCUUUUCAGAUACUGAAGAACGAAGGUCCUCUGGCGUUCUAUAAGGGCACAGUACCACGGCUUGGGAGAGUGUGUUUGGACGUAGCCAUCGUCUUUGUCAUCUAUGAGGAGGUGGUGAAGCUGCUAAACAAUGUGUGGAGGACUGACUAAACAAGGUUAAGUGGACUAAAAGAAGGAGGAAAGAAGGAGAGGAGAUUACCCAGACACAGUUGGCCACGUCACUCUAGUAAAGACAUUCCAGGUGUAACCCUGACCACUGACUUGGAGGGGAAUGGAUUAGGCACACCAUCUGUGUCUGGGUAGUCAAAACGUCACUGAGAGAUAGCGAGGAAAGCACGGUUUUCAUUUGUUCACACACACACAGUGUUGCUGAUGUUGGUCUUAUGUACAGUGAAGUGUAAUCAAGCUGCACUUUGCCCUGCACGUCUGUAAAACCAUACAAGUGUCUUGUCAUUCACCUUGCUCUUACUUACUCGGCAAGUCAUUCAUCUAUACGAUAAAAAGUACCUGAACAAAACGCACAGUAAUAUUCCAACUCGUAGACAUUUACCUUACCCCGUUUUUCAUUGUUUUUUUCUUUUUUUUUAUGAGUUGGAACAAGCGAGAUAUUAAACGUUUUGAUGCUUUUGUAAUUUUGUACGAUUUGCUGAACUGAUUUCAGUGUUUCCUUAACUCUGAGGUUUUGUGAUGGUGGAUAUUAGAUGUGACUCGUUUUUUUUUUUCUGACGGUAAUAUACGUGCACUUUUUUCCCCCUCACUGUAUGUUAAACUUGAAAUAUGUGUUUUGCAUUUGAUGAAAUGCACAAAUCACAAAUUUUAAUGUUAGCUCAGUUACAAAAGGAACCGAUCAAAAAGAUCAUUUGUGGACAAUCAAGUGCACCGUGGGAGGCAAUAUCCUUCCAUUUCAGCCAAAAUAUCCCCGGCAUAUCAGCACAACAUGAAUUUAUCAUUUUAAGGCUGACACCACAGGAGACGGACAUCCAAAGAAUGCUCUAGAUCUUUGG